GGCUCGCCGAGGUGAAUGGGCCCCGAUGGUGCCGGAUGGAGCAUGGGCCAGGUUUUAGGAUUUUCCCACUGCAAAGAAUUUGGCUCCGUGUCUACCACUCCGGACUCCAGCCCAUCCAGCACGGAGGGUGGUAACGAUGAAUCCGAAUUUCCGGAGCUACAGACAGCACAUGACUGGUCAGCAGAGGAUGAUGACGAUGGCAGAGGAAGCCCCCUGGUGUGGGGUACCCCACGACAGAACUCCUAUGAGCUCACCUUCUCCUAUAUCACUUUCGCUGAGCCUCAGGGCAGUCCCUCAAGGCGGGAGCCAGUGGGUUGUCGCCGGCCAAGGAGAGAACGGCCGGCUGGGUUACGCCGCACGGACACCACAGAGACCCUCCUUCCAGAGGAUGCGGUGGAUGCUUUCCCUCAGUGGGACCCUGCCUUUUCAUUAAUGGAGGACCCUGAGCCCUGGGACAGCAGGUUGUCAGAAGAUCUUGUUCAGGGUGCCCACGGGAUUUUAGACGGUCAUUUCCAUUUGGGAACCCGGGUAUCGGAGAUGAAUGGACAGGAAGGGGACAGAGGGAUACAUAGGCAAAAUCCUGAUGUCGCCACAUGUCCCCUGGGAUCAGAGAGUGUCACCAGUGGCAGAGUGAGCCACAGUCCAGAAUACCACACCACCUACAUGACCCUCAACUUCUCCAUGGAGUCCGGAUAUCAAGAAGACAAAGACUUGGGGAUUCGCUGCUCCCACCCCAGAGGUCAAGACACUCAGGUAGCGCCGAUCAUCAGCCAAUCAGAAGCAUUUGGAGACGGCCAGCACUGGACGAAAGGCAGACUGGCCUUGGUUUUGCUGAGCAAACAGUUUGGGCUAAAAACAGUCCAGGAGCAGAAGUGUGCAGCGGAGAGGCGAGGCGAGGCCGUGGGAGACCCUCACAAGAUGACCAGCCAAGGUGUGUCGGAACUCAUCUACUGGAAAGAUGCCAAGUGGACGGGCUUCAUCUUCACUGGGCUCGUGGUGGCGCUGAUCACCUUGUCGCAGAUCAGCAUCAUCAGCAUUGCCUCCAACCUGUCUCUGACGAUCCUGUGCAUGACGAUUUCGGCUCGCCUUUAUAUGAAAAUCCUGAAGGCCUUGAAGAAGUCUGAUGGCACAAAUCCAUUCCAGACCUAUCUGGAUGUGGACAUCAGCCUGACACAAGAGCAGACUCAGAAGUUUGUGGACCGGAUUAUUCUGAUGGUCACGUCCGCCAUGACGGAGCUGCGCCGGUUAUUUCUGGUGGACAGUUUCAUCGACUCUAUCAAGUUCACAGUCCUGAUGUACCUGCUCACCUACAUUGGUGCCGUUUUCAAUGGCCUGACUCUCGUCAUCAUCGCUGUGAUCUGUGUGUUCUCCAUACCACUAAUGUACCGGCAGCACCAGGCACAAAUUGAUCAGUACGUGGGGCUGGUGACAUCCCAGAUUGGAAAUAUUAGAGAAAAGUUCCGGGCAAAAAUUCCAAGUGCCAAAGCCAAAGAGCAGUGAGAAGGUGGUACUUGGGGCAGUGGGUGGAGCCAUGCUGAGAGGCGGGGAUUGUGAAGACACCACAAAGUGCUUAUCAUUGCGAUGGUCAAUCGCUCCAUUUUGGAUGAAGCCUUUCUCUUUUGUCACUUAUGUCUUAGCCGCCGAGCGCUCAAAGACAGGGUACCGAUUUGCAAAGCAAUGACACGUCUUUCCUAUUAAACGACGACUUUUUACAAUG